AUGAGGUUGUCUUGUUCUCAUCCACGUUCUUUUCUUCCAAAUCAACAAAGGUGGUUUCUGUGUGUUGGAGGUUCAAUCGCAAUGUCCACCUUUACAGCAUUGAACUUGAGCGAGGAUGAGGUGGAUGCCGAAGACCACACCAGAGAGCUCCAGAUAGAGGAGUCGUUCAAGAUCUUCCAGCGGGCUCUUCAAUUCCAGAAGAACUUGGAGCUGGACAAGGCAGAGGACGAAUAUACCAGUUUGUUUGCAUUAGAGGUGGUUUCGGGGGCAAGAACGGACUAUCUAUCUCCCACGAUCCAGUACCUGAAGUAUUUAUGUUAUCGCAAUCGUGGACUAUUUCGAUUUUCCAAGUUUGUUGCUAGUGUUCAAUCGAGUUCCGCUACCUUGUCUUUAGAUCCCGUGGAAUUGCGGACCCAACUGUUGACUAUCACCGAUGAUCUAGUCACUGCCCUCGAGUACGGAGAGGGUGACACCAUUCUUAUCGAUCUUCUGUAUGGAUUGUACAAGUUCUUUGACGACAAGAAGCUAGAGAGGUUUGCUGUUGAGUACGAGCUUAUGAAGUUUGACCAAAUGAACGGCUCUGACGACGAAAUCGCCAUAAUAAGGGCGAGCAACAAGGCCUUCAUGCUACCCCACACGUUGGAAGUGCUGAACAACUACAAAUCGGUGUUGGACAGCAUUGGAGAUUACGAUUUCGUGAUGGAUAAUCAGCAGAGUUUCAUGGCAAGAAAUAAAAUUUGUGCUUUUGUCCAGAACAAGCCUCUCUCGAAUAGCAAUCUGGCCUUCCUCCAGAGCUUGAAGGACAAAUUAAAGGAUUUUCGCCCAGAAACCUCUUCAACAGGAGUGGUGGAUGUGGAGAUAGCACUGGGUGACCAAGCGGUUCCAUCAUGGAAUAACGUUUUGGAAGAGAUCCAGAACAUUCUGCCUAAACCUAGGGGUAGGGCAAAGUGUUUCGAUAACUAUCUGCUCACCGCCGAUCCGGUCGAGAAAAUACGAUUCAAGAUUUUGGAUAUUGCGACUGAGAACGAACAUGAUUCUCAUGCCGAAGAAAUGGAAGUUGAUAAAGUUCCUGAAACUACUGCCCCAGAGGUUUCAGAGCCUACAAAAGCUGUAGAGGCCAUCCCCGAUCAAGAUGUGGAAAUGGAGGCGGCCGAAGAGCCAUCCACCAGAGCGAGCAAACGAAGAACAAGAGGAGACGAAGACCCUGUGGAAAGUGGCGAUGUCAAGCAGAACCAGAUUUUUGAUACUUUGAACGCUUUCCUGGCGCUCUUACAGCCAGAAUUGAGGAUAAUCUCUCCUCUUGACGUUCUUUCAAGCCGACAUGCAUCCCCAGAAGACAAACACAUUGAAGAUUUUGCUAACAUGCUAAGUGAAUGGACUGGCUCCUACUCUAAUUUCUUUCUGAUGGAUAUUGAUACCCAGGAGGGUGAGGAGUUUUCAGUUGCAGAGACUCUUACCUCCAACAACAAAAACAGCAUUGGAAUGCUUUCUCUUUCAAUCGACGACAUGCCCGAGAGCCAGGCAACCUUGAAAGUGUUCAUAGACAAAGUGAACAGCUCAAAUGUCCACAUAGCACAACUACGCGUUCAGCUCCUGGAACUACUGUUUGUGCCUUUUACUCCUUCCGGCCCCAGUCCUAUCGUAGUCGGAAAACUUGACCCUGAAGCCUUCAGCAGCUUGAAAAUGUUCCUGGAUUCCUCGGACAUAAUAAUAUAUGAGUCUAUUCAGGAGAAACUCACGGAUAGCUCACGUUCCGACGAUGAAGUCAGAAAGGGACUUUUCGUUUGCACAUCGAUCAUCGAGAUCUUGGUCGACUCGUUUAUUUCACUUUCGGAGGAGCUGAAGAGUCUCAAAACCAACGAAAAACUGAAAACAAGCGAUCUUAGUGCUGCAAGGAGUUCUUUGUCGGCAAGGAUUUUGCGAUGGUCAAAACUGUUGGAAGACCUGAAAAGUUCGGGCCGCGAAAAUCUUCUCACUGAAAACCAGGAUAUCUAUUUCAGACAGAUGUGGAGUCACAUAUGCUUCAUGCAGUUUGAUCAGCCAUCGGAGACAUCAAAUGUCGUGGUUUUACUUCACCGUCUCAAAGAAGAGAUCCAGAAGUUGGACGAAUCCCUUGAGAUUCCAUACACCAACCACGAGCGUAUUCCCAAACUGAAUCUGAAAAGCACGACGAUGCAGUUAUCUAAGAUCAGUGUGACGGGAACGUUCGCCAAUAUCACAGACACUGCGGCUGACGUAGACUCGCAAAAGGAUGAUAAGAUGCGCGUUCUGAAGAGUCUGUUGAUCCCAUCAGAAUCCGAAGAAGAACCUUCGCCAGAGUUAUCGGAGAUGAGGGUAUUUCUAAAUGAUUCUUCUCUGGAGCUCAAAUUAAAAUUGUGGCUUUUGCUUUUGAGAUUCUAUUCUUCUACAGAUAGUUUUGGUGAACUCAAACUGGCCUUCGAAGCUGUUGUCAGCUAUUCAAUCAAGACAAUCAAAUCAAAGUACUACACCGAGAACAUCAAGCUCAAAAGACACCAAAUGCUAAUGACAGUGAUGUCUUACUUCGGCCUUUUCUCAAAAAUAUACACCGAUGCCAUCUCAAAGCAGCAUUGGAAAGAAUUUUCCAUAGUCGACCUCAGAUUUUUCUCUGAUUUAUUGGAACUGGUCCGUUUGGUUCACGUUUUCGCACUUAGCGAGGACUCAGCAAAUAUGGGCUCCCAUGCUUCCAUGAAGAAAAAGUCUAAAUCAUCAUUCGUGAAGUUGGCAGACAAUUUUUCGCGUUCAUAUAGCAUAUUUGGUAUCUACUUCUUAUCUCUUCUGCCUGAGGGAAAGCACGAGCCAGAAGUCAUGAAUGACUUUCUCAGUAUCAUUCAUGAGCUGUUAGGUUCUAGAGGCAUGUGUGAUUCCGGAGAAGGUGCCUUUCUCGAUCUUGCGGAGCAUGUUUUGCUUGCGCUUAACUGGCCACAAUCAGACAGAGAUGUUUUCCAAAUCAUCAAUUGCCGCUACCAUAUCAAUGUCGCUGUGGACUUAUUCGUUCCAGCAGACCACCAUACUGAGAAAAUUGAACUAUCUUCGCACAGCGCUCUGGCUUUAAGUCAAUUUGUCCUGCCGUGCUGCUUCAAGAAGAGAAAUCCAAUGUUCAAUAUCCCCAAGAAUGACAUGAAAGCACUGCUAGAUGCAUUGUUCUCCGUGAUUGGGGAUCCUGAUAUGAAUAACGAGAUAACAGCGAGAAAUCUAUCUUCGUUUGAUUAUUAUUUGAACCUAUCUGAAUUUAACAUGAGAUUAGUGCGACUAGCCUUUAAUGGAUUGUUGGAAUUAGAUCUGGCCAAACCCAGAGCAGAGUACCAACCCGCUGCAGAGGCUGGGUUGUAUUAUGUCCAAGGUGUCUUGGCACUCAAUCUGUUCAAAAUUCGAAAACGUGCGAUGCAGGGUCGUUCCACAGAGCUUGAGGCAAUCGUGAAAAUGUUCAGCGCAGAGAUUCUGUGUGGAACAAAACGAGUUGAAACAUGGUUACUUCUUGCUCAAACGUACGCUUUCCUGGUAGAAGAUGAUGUUAUCUGGACGUCCGAUAAGUUGAGCAAUCCAGAGAAGAAAAAUGUUACGGCGAUCUUCCAAAAGAAGUCUCUCUUGUGUUAUCUUAUGGCAAUAAAUCUUUACGUUAGGUCCUCCAAGGAACAGCAGAAGAUUCUCAAGCCAGUAUCUGCCUUAUUGUGGUCGUCAUUCUCGAAAGAACUAUAUAAUGCGACAUUCCAACCGAUGAUGGGACUGGCAUUCUCUGUUCGUUCUGUGCCUAUUUUCGUCAGAAAAGAGAGUGGAAAGACAUUUGAAAAUGCUGCUCCAACUGGGUUUACCACCAAAAACGCCCUCAGCAUCAUGGAGGCAUCUUUGAGUGUUGCAAUCCAGAAAAACCCCAAAGACUGGAGUGCCUACUACUACCUAUCUAAAGUCCAGUAUAAACUGGGAAGAGAUGCAUCUACCCACUUGGAAUCAUUACUUCAGGCCUGCAGACUUGCCAAAACUUCGGGCAGCUCUGCAGAUCCGAUAAUAGAACCUCAAGCAAGAUUGCCCUGGCUAAUUUUCAAAAUGGUCAUGAAACAGCAGAUACAGAUUAGCGGUGCGAUCGAGUUUCUUGAGAGGGUCUUCCCACUUCCAGUUGCAGGUACGGAGAUUGUGAAUUUCUCCCAGUUCUCACAUCUGAUCUUGGAUUUACUGAAGCUGGUGAAACAAGCCGACAAGAAGAAUUGGCAGCACAAGCCUUACGUUGGCAUGGCCAAAAUCUAUUUUUCGGUCUUACAUGACACCGAAUCCGCAAAGGCGGAGAUGUCUUCAAUAAUGAAUCUCAAGCCAAAUGUCAGGACGCUAGUGACCAUUUGGAAACCCGAAAAUGAAAGACCGGGAAAGCAUUUCGUAUAUGUUUACGACUACAUUGUCUAUUAUGCAGAGAUUCUUUUUGAUGAUAAAGAUCUGGAAUCUCUCUUUAUCUUUGCCAAAAAGCUACGCCGGCUCGGGUCGAGCAUGGUCUCUCAGGCAAAGGCCUGGGACCAAGUGGUAUUGAAGGUAUGCACCCUAGUCAAAUGGCUGAUUGAUGUUCCCCCCAAAUACACGGAAAUACAGACCAGUGAUUUGUCCUUUCAAGACUUCAUGGAAACUUCAUUAUACCUGCUGAACUCCCUGAAGACCGGUGAUAUUCCAAGUAAUUGUGAGCUGUUGUAUUAUCUAUUCAGCGAAAUGCACGAGUUUAGAAAAAUGACCAAUGGAUUCGCACCCACUGGUCUUGUGGAUGAUACUUACUAUGCUGUCUACUUCUCUAUUUUCAACAUCUACAAAAAAGAGCUUGCGGUCCAAAGUGCAUCGGGUACGGAGACACCGUCGAUCCUGAACUCACCGCAAGCAGGGGUGAAAAAGGCUAGAGUUGCACGGAGAGAUGUUGUUCCAAUUGGAAACGAUGUAAUGACACUAAUUUCGAAACGGCUGGAGAAAAUAAGGACCAGAAUGCAGAAUGGAGGACUAACAGAGGUCAUCAAAACGCGCGCUCAAGUGAACGAGAUUUUGGUAACGAGCCCUACACAGGAACUAACCCCUCUGAAGGAAGACCUCACGAAGGAGUCGACAGACGUUUUGAUGAGACACGCAGGAAUGGAGAUUGCCAAGUCCAAACUGGCAGCUCAAGCUUCCAAGAUGGAAGGUGCCGUUACUGUGAGUGAAGGUGAGAGGGCUGUGCAGUCUGGUGACAUAGAUCUGGUUGAAUCAGGAAAGUCAGAACACUCAUCUGUUGAAAAAGAUGCUUCAAAUGUUCCACCAAUAUCGAAUGCGAAUGAAGAUUCUCUAGGGCCUAGUCUACCAGACUCACAAGGCCCUACUAUUCCAGGAACUGCAGACGAAACGAGUGCGUCGAGGGAGGAAACAGCAGUUGUACAAGAAUCGAUUGAAGCAAAGCCGGAGGGGCUACAGAUCCACGACAGCAUUGAUAGCAAGAUCAAUAAGGAGGUUUAUACAGAGGUGGAUGAUGCUCCGUCAUCUCAGGCUGUCAGUGUUGCGCCUAGUGAGUUCAUUCCCGGGGUAGAGGAACCGGUAAAACAUGUUCCAUUAACGGAAACAGCGGUGAAAGAGAUUCCAGCUGAACCAACUGUUGCUGAAGCAACGCCAAUUGAUGCCCCCGCUCUGGAACGCACUCCAUCGCCAAAACACUCCGAAGACGACACUGCAGAGUUCUAUACCCCUAUGGAGUCCUUCGCCAGUUACAUCCGAUCAGGUAACAGAGUAUUGCCAAUUGCGCAAAGUUUGAAGAACGUUUCAGAGCCUGACACACCAUCUAAGCCAGCCCCAGAGAACCCAGAACCAGUCAAGAGCGAGGCAGAAUUGAAUGUUAGUGAUACCAUCGAGCCGAGCCCGGAUGAUGUUACUUUGCCUAAGGCAGAACCCAAAACCAAGAAGAGGAAAGUUGAACCACGCGAAAAGGACACUCCUCCCAAACCAACAAGGACCACAAGAUCUACGAGAUCUACGAGAUCCAGCAAGGCAAUCGAGUUCGUAGAACUUGAAUGA